UAAUAAGCAAUAAAUAUGCGGACCCAGCAAUUCGUGUUAAUAGCUUGCCUGCUCGCCAACCUCAACCGUGACUCGAAUGCGCAACGCGGUAACAUUAUAACGAAUUUCUUCGAGUUUUUGCGACGUGGACAAAGUGAUCUAAAUAUCGAGCAUGUGGACGACGGAGUGCAGUUAAUAAACGAGUACGACUUCAUAGUCGUCGGUGCGGGUACGGCAGGAUGUGCGCUUGCGGCGCGUUUAUCGGAAAACCCCGCCUGGAAGGUGCUGCUCAUCGAAGCAGGUGGCCCGGAGAAUAUGGGCAUGGAUAUACCGAUCCUUGCGCAUUUUCUACAACUCACAGAUAUCAACUGGAACUACCGCACUCAGCCCUCAGACAAAUAUUGUCUCGCCAUGAAUAAUCGACGCUGUAAUUGGCCGCGUGGCAAAGUGAUGGGCGGCUCGUCGGUGCUCAACUACAUGAUGUACACACGCGGUAAUCGCCGCGACUACGAUCGCUGGGCAGCGUUGGGAAAUGAGGGCUGGAGUUAUCGCGAUGUCUUGCCGUACUUUCGUAAAUACGAAGGCUCGGAAAUACCAAAUGCGGAACCGGAGUUUGUCGGACGUCGAGGUCCGGUGAAAAUUGGGCAUCCUGAUUGGCGUUCACACAUCUCAGAGGCUUUCGUACGAGCCGCACAGGAAGAUGGGCUGAAGUAUCGCGACUACAAUGGACACAUACAAACGGGUGUGUCCUAUCUGCAGGCCACAAUACACAAAGGUAUGCGUUGGAGCUCCAAUCGUGCCUAUCUCUACCCAAUCAAAGGAAAACGAGCCAAUUUACAUGUGAAAAAGAAUGCGCUGGUGACUAAAGUGCUGAUCGAUCCCAACACAAAGACAGCUUACGGAGUGGUGUUGAGCACCGGCGGUCAAUCGUAUCAAGUGCGUGCAAGACGUGAGGUUAUACUAAGUGCGGGUGCUAUCAACACUCCGCAACUGCUGAUGCUCUCCGGCAUUGGACCGGCACAGCAUUUGCGUGAUGUUGGCAUUAAGCCCAUUGUCGAUUUGGCUGUGGGCUACAAUCUGCAAGAUCACAUCGCGCCUGCGGUAUCCUUUACCACCAAUGUGAGUUCCAUCCGAACAAGCGACUACUUUGAGGCCACCAAUAUUAUGCAAUAUAUAGAUGGCAAAGGGCUCUUUGGUCUACCCGGCGCUGUGGAGGCUAUAGCUUUUUGGGAUCUUAGUCAACCACAAGUAGAAGAUGGUUGGGCGGACUUAGAGAUGUUCCAGUUAGCCGGCUCGUUCGAAGAGAACCCAGCUACGUUGCGUGCGUUCGGCAUACAGCUUGAUACCUACAACACGAUGUACCGUAACGUGAAUUCCGACGGUUUUAUGAUAUUCCCCAUGAUUUUGCGUCCGAAGAGCCGCGGUCGAGUCUUGCUUAAAAGUAACAACCCAUUCAAAUAUCCACUCUUGCAUGCGAACUACUUCGCAAAUCCUGAUGAUUUAGACAUUUCUGUGCGAGCGGUACUCAAAACAAUUAGUUUACUAGACAGACCAGGCUUCAAAGCGAUCAAUGCACGCUUGCUAGAACGUAUUAUGCCAGGCUGUGCUAAGCUACCGUAUAAAUCACGCGCCUACUGGGAAUGUUAUGUGCGACACUUCACCUACACGAUCUACCACUACUGUGGCACAGCCAAGAUGGGACCGCCAACUGAUCCUGCAGCUGUCGUCGAUGCGAGAUUGCGUGUGUAUGGUGUAAAACGGUUGCGUGUGGUCGAUGCUAGCAUAAUGCCUGAGAUUAUUGCCGGCCAUCCGAAUGGACCGGUGUUCAUGAUUGCCGAGAAGGCGGCAGAUAUGAUUAAACAAGAUAACAACUAUAUUUAAGGAUUCGUGCUUAGUAACUGCUUUCAUA